UGCAGAAUGCAAACGCGCUCCCAGAGGCAUCUUGCAUCAGCCCGAGGAAGUUCGCUCCUCGCCUGGCUCCCCCAGCCCGGGCGAGGGGCAAGAAGCCCCCCCGCCCACCGCCGCCUCCCCUCUCUGGACUGCUGCCAUGACGGCCACCCCCAGACUAGCCCUGCUGCCACUGCUGCUGCUGCUGCUGCACGUCCCACGGGCUGUGAGAGCCCAGGUCAACCCAGCAGUGUGCCGGUACCCCCUGGGAAUGUCAGGUGGGCACAUCCCUGAUGAGGACAUCUCGGCCUCCAGCCAGUGGUCUGAGUCCACAGCCGCCAAGUACGGACGGCUGGACUCAGAGGACGGUGAUGGUGCCUGGUGCCCCGAGAUCCCGGUGGAGCCUGAUGACCUGAAGGAGUUCCUGCAGAUCGACCUGCGUGCACUCCACUUCAUCACGCUGGUGGGCACCCAGGGGCGCCACGCCGGUGGCCAUGGCAACGAGUUUGCCCCCAUGUAUAAGAUCAACUACAGCCGGGAUGGCACCCGCUGGAUCUCCUGGAGGAACCGGCAUGGGAAGCAGGUGCUGGAUGGAAACACCAACCCCUACGACAUCAUCCUGAAGGACCUGGAGCCACCCCUCAUCGCCCGCUUCGUCCGCUUCAUCCCUGUCACUGACCACUCCAUGAACGUCUGCCUGCGUGUGGAGCUGUACGGCUGUGUCUGGCUGGAUGGGCUGGUGUCCUACAACGCGCCAGCUGGGCAGCAGCUCAUCCUUCCCGGGGGCACCGUCAUCUACCUGAAUGACUCAGUGUACGACGGGGCGUUUGGGUACAGCAUGACAGAGGGCUUGGGCCAGCUGACGGAUGGUGUGUCAGGGCUGGAUGACUUCACGCAGACCCAUGAGUACCAUGUCUGGCCGGGCUAUGACUAUGUUGGCUGGCGCAAUGAAAGCACCACUGGAGGCUAUGUGGAGAUCACCUUCGAGUUCGACCGCAUCAGGAACUUCACCGCCAUGAAGGUCCACUGCAACAACAUGUUUGCCAAAGGGGUGAAGAUCUUCAAGGAGGUGCAGUGCUACUUCCGUGCUGACGCCAGUGAGUGGGAGCCCAGUGCCGUCUCCUCAGUACUGGUGUUGGAUGAUGUGAACCCCAGUGCCCGCUUUGUCACCGUGCCCCUGCUCCACCGCAUGGCCAGCGCCAUCAAGUGCCAGUACUACUUUGCUGAUGUCUGGAUGAUGUUCAGCGAGAUCACCUUCCAGUCGGACGCAGCCAUGUACAAUAACUCUGUGGCCCCCCCUGAGGUGUCCGUGGUCCCCACCACUUAUGACCCCACGCUCAAGGUAGACGACAGCAACACACGCAUCCUGAUCGGGUGCCUGGUGGCAAUCAUCUUCAUCCUGGUGGCCAUCAUUGUCAUCAUACUGUGGCGGCAGUUCUGGCAGAAGAUGCUGGAGAAGGCAUCGCGGAGGAUGCUGGAUGAUGAAAUGACCGUCAGCCUUUCCCUGCCCAGUGAAUCCAGCAUGUUCAACCACAACCGCUCCUCCUCCUCCAGUGAGCAAGAGUCCAGUUCCACCUAUGACCGCAUAUUCCCCCUGGGACCUGACUACCAGGAGCCUUCCCGCCUGAUCCGCAAGCUGCCCGAGUUCACCCCAGGGGAGGAGGACACGGGCUGCAGCGGCCCUGUGAAGCCAUCCCAGGCCAGUGUCCCCGAGGGCGUCCCCCACUAUGCUGAGGCCGACAUCGUGAACCUGCAGGGCGUGACAGGCGGCAACACCUACUCUGUGCCGGCCCUCACCAUGGACCUGCUGUCCGGCAAGGACGUGGCCGUUGAGGAGUUCCCCAGGAAGCUGCUGACCUUCAAGGAGAAGCUGGGGGAAGGCCAGUUUGGGGAGGUUCAUCUCUGUGAAGUGGAGGGGAUGGAGAAGUUCACAGGCAAGGACUUUGCACUGGAAGGCUUGGACAUCAGCUCCAAUUGCCCUGUGCUGGUGGCUGUGAAGAUGCUGCGAGCGGAUGCCAACAAGAAUGCAAGGAAUGAUUUUCUGAAGGAAAUCAAGAUUAUGUCACGGCUGAAGGACCCCAACAUCAUCCGGCUGCUGGCAGUGUGCAUCACAGAUGACCCACUGUGCAUGAUCACUGAGUACAUGGAGAAUGGAGACCUCAAUCAGUUCCUGUCCCGCCAGCAGGCAGGUGGCCCCCCCACCAGCCAUGUGCCCACCAUCAGCUACAGUGACCUGCGGUUCAUGGCCACCCAGAUUGCCUCUGGCAUGAAGUAUCUCUCAUCCCUCAACUUUGUGCACCGAGACCUGGCCACACGCAACUGCCUGGUGGGGAAGCAGUACACCAUCAAGAUAGCUGACUUUGGCAUGAGCAGGAAUCUCUACAGUGGGGACUACUACCGCAUCCAGGGGCGGGCAGUGCUCCCCAUCCGCUGGAUGUCCUGGGAGAGCAUCCUGCUGGGCAAGUUCACAACUGCCAGUGAUGUGUGGGCAUUUGGCGUGACGCUGUGGGAGACCUUCACACUCUGCCGGGAGCAGCCCUACUCCCAGCUGUCCGACGAGCAGGUCAUCGAAAACACUGGCGAGUUUUUCCGGGACCAGGGCAGGCAGACUUACCUUCCCCAGCCUGCACUUUGCCCUGACUCAGUCUAUAAGCUAAUGCUCAGCUGCUGGAGACGGGACACUAAAGAUCGUCCCUCCUUCCAGGACAUCCAUCACCUUCUCCAAGAGUCAGCUAGUGAAGAAUGACUCUUUGCUCCCCCCAUCCCAGUCCCCAUCCAUUCCCAUUCCCAGAGGAGCCCCAUAGGCAAACUAAAGCCACUUCACUUGGACUUAGCAAUAAAACCCGGGCAGCUGGUCUUGUUAUCAUUGUACAGUGAAGCCUCAGAAGAAAACCUCAAGGGCAGCAAGGAGAGCCAUGGCAUGGGACGACUCGGACCUCUUGCUCGCUUGCUGGCUUGAGCCUGGUAGCAAUGUGGGCUGAGACGAGGGUUAUUUAUUGAUGCAGCAUGUUCUUGAUGACAAUGACUGGGACAGAGUGGCUUCUCCCUCCUAGUCGGACAGGAGGAACGUCAGAUGGACUUUCUUCAUGAGGAAGAUCGCGGCCUGAGUAUGGGACAGGUGCCUGGGGAAGGGAUGUGUGCAAGUAUGUGCCUGCUGGAGCAGGGACUGUCCAGCAGCCAUUACCUGCUCAAGGAGAAGCUGGGAGUUGCCACUAGCUCACAGUGGACUGUGCAAUUACAGGGCAAAACAAAAAACUCUCUGGAUAGUUUGAGCUUUGGACAUGCUACAUGGAGGGGCAGAAAGCCCCGUCCCUGCUGGCCAGACCCCAGUUGCAUAGGGAGAAGCUUGAUGGCACACCCAGCUCCUCGUCCGGCUGCUGGAGUGAGCAGUGUGUUCAGCCAUGGUUGCUUCGUGUCAGCUGGGGAGCAGUGGGUGUGCCAGCCCUGGCGAGAGGCCUGCCGGGGGGACCUCCUCUCACUGACCACAGCCACUCCAGAGCUGCUCGACUGCCCACGAAAUGCAUUUUGGAUGCCCCACAGAUGCUGUGUCGCAGCCUUUCACCUCCAAAGGGAAAUCUCCAGGUUCUCUUCUCCCAGGGUUAACCCACAUCUUCACCUGCCGUGAGGAAUGCACAUAGCAGAGCUUUCAACGGCUGCUGCUCGAUGCCCAAGCCUGCAACAGCCUGCAACACCAGGCGUCCUGGCUCUCCCUGGCCCUCCAGGAUCACAGCUCAGCUGAAGCGCCUGGGCUGGACUCUGCCGCCCUGAGCAUCCCGCAGCAGCCUGGCACCAGUCAGUCCUCCCGGAUCUGGCAGUUCCAUGGGCAAACUGCACAGGUACCAAAGGAACAUGCCCCACAGGAGCCCUGGCAGGUUACCUGUCACACCCCAAAAUCAGACCCUUCUGCAGCUGAACAGGAGGAACUUUGUACUGAGAGGGUGCAGGGACCCCUCCAUACUUUUGUACGCAUUAGUUCAGCACCAUCAAGUCACGCGUGGCACAGUUUCCAGUAUACUAUUGCUAAGGCAUGUAUAUAUUCAGUAGAUGCACCUAUAUAUAUAGGGGCAAACCCGCUGAAGAGACACUUGCUACGUGAAUCUGGUUGCAUGGUUUCCUUGCGGCACUUCAGAAGGCAGCUUGCCUCCUCUGUGGGCACCCCCAGGCGCCCAGCCCACACCCGCCUGCUGGGGGUCUCUGGGGCUGCACUGUGUGCCCCAAGAUGCUGUGUGGGGAGAGCCUGGGGCAGUGCACAGAGGUAACAGCAUAAGAGAUGGAGGAAGGAUGCUCAAGCGACCUGCUGGCUGACGCACGCCAGUUGCCCAUCUCCUCGGGUGACAGAGGGGGUGCUCUGUGGCUCAGCACCUGUGUCAGAUGUCCACUGGCAGGGACCGAGGUGCGGUAGUGGGCCUGGGAGAGAGGAGUGCAGGGAUGAGUGGUUGUGCUCUGCGGAGGGGCCAGCUGCUCUCCCUGUGCGUUAUCCCGCUGGCUACAGCAGAGGAUGUCUCUCAUCCCUUCUGAGCGCAUAGCCUGCAGCAGCGU